AAAGUAUCUCUCUUAGGAUUACCAGGCAUUUUUAACCUAUUGAACACUAAAGAUCUAAUAAAAAUAGAUCGGCUCUGCAUAUAUUAAGAUAUUAGAUUCGAACUCACCGCAAAUAUGAGGAAAAUUGUCGUAAGCAAGUAACAGCAGACAACGUAGGGGUUUCUCCAUUAAACUGGUCACGUGACUCAAGUGACCCGUAUGCAAACAAAUAUGGAUGAAAAAUUUGGAGAGCUGAGCACUAGUACGCCAGAAUCAAGUGAUCAUGAUAUUGGUGCCUUACAACGCCCAAAGAAGCGGAAAGCAAAGAGUAGAGGAAGCGGUGAUCAUGCAAGGGGACGUAGAAGUAUUCCAAGAGGUAGAGGACGUGGAGCCAGUACUGAUAGAGGUGGCGCAAGAGGUGUUGCACAAAGAGGCAGUGCAGGCAUUAGGGGCAGGGGAAGAGGAAGAGGAAGAAGAGGUAGAGGUGCGAUGAGCAUGACUGCUGAGUCUGUAGAUUUGUGGUCGAAGAUGAAAGAAAGAAGAAUAGAGCGUGUACAGGAGGCAAUUGAUAGCUUGCCAGAGGAUGAGGUGAGAGAGUUGCUGAGACAAACUGCCAUUCAGCACCCUGGUGUUUUCCAUAGUGUGGUAGCAGCAGCAAGUGCCAGUAAGGAUCCACAACCUCCUAGCCCCAGACCAGAAGAUACAGACAUUCCUUGGUGGUGCAUCUGUACCAGGUGCCGCUGGAUGACUCCACCACCCCAUCCCACCCCUGCUGAAGAAAAUGAACUUGAUCCGAAUGAUGUGUGCUGUCAUAUGCCACCUGAUGACUGUCUCAGCAUUAUGCCUGAGUUUGAAGCCUAUUGCCUGGACGAUAUGGCAGUUCAUAUGAAUAUGUUAUAUCGAAGUGAUGCCUUUGGACUAAAUGCUACAACACAAGUAGAUUUAAUGAAAAGUAAACGUCAUGCAGCAUAUAGACUUUUUGUUCUGUGGCGGCAUGGGAUGCUUACCCAAAAAGACAGAAGAGUCGUUCCAAGUUGUUGCUGCCUUAGGAUCAGGAGCAAAUUCCCUGAUGUGACAGGACACUAUACAGGGUUUAAAGCAGGAACUAUGUUUUAGUAUGUGAAUGAGAACUGUUUAGAAUUAUACGCAUUGUUUUUUUCUAAACUGUAGGAUAUGGAAAUGAUUUUAUUUUGUUCAUAUAAGGCCAUAAGAAGUAGAUUCUUUGUUUUGCGUCCCCUUGCUUGCACGCUUUUAAGUAAAUCAGAAAAAAACAAAACAUAUCCGAAUAUUAACGGCAAUGGUCUGAAAGUACCAUCGCAUUUCUUUCUAUCAGAAUCAGAAAAAAUGGCGCAUAAUUUAUGUGUCAA